AUGACUUUGGACUGCGAGAGGAAGCCAGACAUACUUGGUUGCCCAAUUGUGAAGAAAAGGAAGCUGGAGGAGGCUGAGGCCGGGGAGAACCAGUCCGCUCCCAAGAGAAAGAAUCAGUCUGCUAAACAGGCAGCAGAUGGAGGGUUGACUGCAGACAGUGACACAGCAGAAGAGGAAGAGGAGGAGCAGAAAGAGAAUGAAGGGGAUGAAGAAAACAAGGACAAGAAGGCCAAAACAACAAGCAGGCCAGAGUCAAUAAAAACAGAGGCCUCACAGGUGACAAAAGUAACAGCAGUGUGUCCUUCAGCUGACCUUGACAAACACAUCAGUGCAAAGGCUGAGAACAAAACUGUGAGUGAGAAAGUUGGUGAGGAAGUAAAACCUGCUGAUGACCUUCAGCAGGAGGAAACAGAGACAAAGGAUGUGAAGGAUGCUUGUCUGAUGACAAAGAAUCAGCCAUCUGCGGAACCCGCAGAGCUAACAGGCAUUCCUGAUCUAAAAGAAACAAAGGAGGCGGAAGAAGCAGAAGAACAGGAAGAAAAUGGACAGCAAAAAAGUCCUGAGAAUAUUGUAGAAGAGAGGGUAAUAGAAAGACAAGUGAUAAGCCAGAAAAACUCAGAUCAUCAAUAUUCAAGUGGUGAUUACGGCCAUCUGGCCAAAGAGUCAAAGCAGCAUAAGAGGGAAGCUGAUGAAGAAGAGGUCGAAGAAGAGGAAGAAGAGGAAGAAGAGGAAGAAGAGGAGGAUGGAACAGACAGGGAGGUCCUCCAAGAGGUUGACACUCCUUACACUUUGAGUCCACGCACUCAGGGAUCUGAAACUGAGGUGUCACUCAGGGAAGAAAAGAUCUGUACUCCCAUGACUGAGGAAGAAGAGGAUGAAGAACAGGAAGGGGAGAGAGAGGGGGAGGAUCACAGACAAGAGAAGGAAGACAGUGAGAUCCUGGGGGAGGAAGAGGAGGACCAAGACUCCAGUAAAGCCUCUCCAACAACAUUGGUUAUAGAGGUCCGCUCUGAGGAGGAUGAUGAUGAUGAUGAUGAUGAUGAAGAUGAAGAGGAGGAAGAGGAGGAGGAGGAGGAAGAAGAGGAAGGAGAGGAGCAGGAUCGUGUCUCAGAGGGCUCGGGAAUAACAGACGACUCAGAGAACUGGGAUAUGACUCGGGGGAACCUGGGGCUGCUGGAGCAGGCUAUUGCUCUGAAGGCGGAGGAAGUGAAGGAAGGCCAGGAGAGCCGGAGCUCCCUGGACUACCAACCAUACACAUCAUCCAGCAAGAGCUCAGAGGCUGCUGCUGUAGCCCGCCGCACCACUCACUACAGCAAAGAAAAAAAGGAAGUCAAGUGUCCAACGCCAGGGUGUGAUGGGACGGGUCAUGUGACUGGGCUGUAUCCCCAUCAUCGUAGUCUGUCUGGAUGUCCUCACAAAGACAGAAUCCCUCCAGAGAUCCUGGCCAUGCAUGAGAACGUCUUGAAGUGUCCUACUCCUGGCUGCACAGGCCAAGGCCAUGUUAACAGCAACCGCAACACACAUCGCAGUCUGUCCGGCUGCCCCAUUGCCGCAGCUGCUAAGCUGAACAAGAACCAGGACAAACAGGUUCAUUUACAGGCUUCAGCCAGUGAACCCUCUUCCAAUUCUGACAGAGUGCUCAGGCCCAUGUGUUUUGUCAAACAGCUGGAGAUCCCUCAGUAUGGCAGCUACCGGCCCAACACGGUGACCACUACACCUCGAGCAAACCUGGCCAAGGAGCUGGAGAAAUACUCCAAGGUGUCUUUUGACUAUGCAAGCUUUGAUGGUCAGGUUUUUGGAAAGCGUACGCUCAUUCCAAAGACACCUAGCACUGCUGAAACAUCACCCAAAGCCUUCAAAACUAAAUUAUUCCCCAAGGCAUCCUCCCCCAGUCACAGCAUGUCAGGAAGCUUUUCUAUGAGCACCUUGUCCUCCAGCGGUUAUGACUAUAGCCAAGAUGCAGAGGCAGCCCACAUGGCAGCAACAGCUAUCCUCAACCUGUCCACCCGCUGCUGGGAGAGACCAGAGACACUCAGCACCAAGACCAGGGAGCCCUGCACCAAGGAGGCAGAUAUUGAGGUGGAUGAGAAUGGCACCUUGGACCUUAGCAUGAAGAAGACCAAGCGGGAGGGAGUACAGUCUCCAGAGCCUUCAUCUUCUUUGUCUUCUUCCUCUCAACAUGUGGGAGCCAUUGCAUCUCAGGGCCAAACUCAGCAAGAGUGGGAAGGCCCACUUGACUUCACCAAAAUGGGUGGUGUCAAAGAAGAAGACCACGAAGAGACCUUCACACGCAGGAAGAACUUCCUGCCGGCCUGGGUCCUUGCUACAGUCACUUCUUUUCAGCCAGUGGAGGUGCUAACCCAGUUGCUGGCUGACCUGGUAGCUGUGCACCGGGAGCAGGCAGUGGUGCAUCGCCAUCUCCUAGAUAAGCUGCGGGAUCAUUCCAAGCAUGGGACAAGUGUAGUCGAAUGUCUGGUUGCUUGGGCUGACUUUCACCUGAACAUCACGAAUAGGCCAUAG